AGGCGGAGUUAGGGAUCACCAGGAACUAUAUCUUCCCUUGUGCUUUGCAGAGCUGCGUCGGUACCUGUCUCUUGGGGAGCCCGCACCCCAGUACCAGAUCCAACUCUGCUUUGGAGAGGAGUACCCAAGUCCAGGCUGUCAGUCCCAGGGGAGACUCAUCAUGGCUCAUGUGGAGCCUGUGUUCGCCCGAGAGCUCUUCCUGCACUCCAAGCGUCUCAGUCCCCAAGCUCCUCCAGAUUCCCAGCCCAGUGCUCCAAAGAGUGUAGCCCACCCGAUGCACCAGCCGUGCCAGCCCUGACUGUGGCCUCACCCCAUCCCCAGAGCAUCUCCCCUUUAUGGUGCAUCUUCUUCCAAGCUGAGCCAGUAUACCCAGGGUGAAGGGUUUUCACUUUGGCUACCCUCACACUCAUGCCACCUGCCUCAGAGCAAGCUUUGUGUGUGCCAGGCUCAGUGUGGGGGAGAGUCUUGGAAGUGAGGGAGCCCAAAUUGUAUGUAUAAACCAGACUUCAGUGAGCUUUAGGAGUUGUUCAUAUGAGGAACCCCUGUGAACCCUUCUGAAAAUUAGACUCUGCGCCCACCCCCAAACUUCCCAUAACUCCGGGCAGCUCUAUAUGGGCGUCUCUCUCUCUUUUAAAGGCGAGUCCUCUAGUGUGGCGGGUCCAUGAGGAGCCAUCCACAUUCUUUCCUGCCCUUGGAAUGUUAGAGGCAACCCCAGCCUGCCUGUGCUGAUUGACUGGGAACAGA